AUGCCUUCCUUACAGAGUCUUCUACAUUCAUGCUAUAGAAACUAUGGCCAUGUUCUAAAGGUCGUGGGAAACAAUAGAGCCAAUGCUGCAAACUCAAGCACUGAUAGGUCCAGAGGGUACUUGACCUGUCUUAGAAUGUUGAGAACAUUAAGUUCUGUGCUCCAAGUGUUUAUUUGUCAAUUGUCACUUUCCAGUCAGCUCUUUGUAGCCUACAGAAAUGGAAGAGUGGAUGCAGCAGUCUCUCUGGGUUUUCUGCUUUGCUGGAUAGGUGGAGACCUGACAAAUUUCAAAGGCUGCUACCUGACUAAACAACUGCCUAUUCAGAUUUUUACAACCGUCUUUGACAUGAACACGGAUAUAAUCAUGCGUUCACAAUUCAUGUACUACAGGUUAAAGAAUCAAAAGAACAAAAUUUCUAAAGAAGAUUUGCUGAAGGAACUUUAUUUCUGCUGUUUGCAUUGGCCAUGA